UGGCGCCCGCGUGCGAAAAAGUGGAGGGGAGAGCGGGAAGUCACCCAGUCCCGCAGCAUUUGUUGGCAUGCGGGGAUGCGGCGCCGAGGAUUGCGGAGAAGACGUGACUUCUCCUCUGCAUACUGGAGUUUCUGUGUUUCCUGGGUUGCUCUGGCAUUGUCCCUAUUGCAGGGACUUUCCAUAGUUCAUUCUUCUACCAGAAUAAAUCACAAACCACCGAAAGUUGUAGGAUCAACAAAUUUACCAGUCAAAGUUUAUGUCAGGCAGCAUCAUAACAGUCCACAUAUUCUGUGUUUAACAAAUCAUCUGAGAAAUUCAGAAUUGAUCGACCCAAUAUUUGAAUGGCAUGGACCAAGUGGUGAUUUGGUUACAGGAAAUGAAUCUGUGACAAUAUCCCCAACAGGAACUCUUUUAUUCCAAAAUUUUAAAUCUUACAUGAGUGGAAUUUACACAUGUUCUCUAGUGUUUAAGCCUACUACUGAACAAGAAGAAAAAAGCUAUUUAAUUAAAUACGUUAUUUACGCUUAUUCUGAUCCUGACUUUUACUAUGAGUUUACAGCACGGUAUCACUCAGCUCCCUGCAAUAGUAUCUAUAAUAGUUCUUUUGAAAAGAAGCUGCUUCAGAUAUUGGUCAAGCUUGUUGUGGAGCUAGGCUGUGAGAUUUCAUUGCAAAAGUCUGAAUGCCAUCAUGUAAAAAUGCAGAGAGCCGGAAUGCAAAAUGAGCUAUUCUUCACUUUUAAAGUUUCUUCUCUAGAAACAUCAAAAGGCAAAAGUGUGUGUCAGAGCAGUGUAUGUGAUGUAUCGAGAAGAUUACGAAAGGCAAAAGACCUCAUAGAGAAAUUCUUUAGCCAACAAGUUGAAGUUCUUGGUAAAAGAACAGCACCACUACCUGAAAUAUACUACAUUGAAGGCACUCUGCAAAUGGUGUGGAUUAAUCGCUGUUCUCCAGGUUAUGGAAUCAAUUCUCUACUACAUUCGGAUUGCCCUAAUUGUUGUGUGGUUUGCAGUCCAGGAACAUUCAACCCUCAUGAAGGAACUCAUUGUCUUCAAUGCAACAGAAGUCUGGCAUAUGCAGCCAAACAUUGUUACUAGACUGUUAACAUAAUCCUUUCACUAUGUUUAGUAACUUUCCUGUACUUUACAUCUUUACAACCCAAAUAAAAGGAUUUUUUUUUAAAAAAA